AUGCGUGCCACUAUUGCUUCUAUCACACUCGCCCUCUCCGGUCUUGCCGCUGCCUCGCCCCAAGUCGUCCCCGAUAAACCAAUCGAGUUCUAUGGACGUAUGUACGCCGACUCUGCCACUUGCAGUGGAACUGGAACUAGAUAUGCCUACCUUGGCUCCAAGGGCAACUGCAUCAACAAGCCCGUCCCCGGAACCGGCUCAGCCACGAUGGUGGUUGGGGAGGUUAGCAAGUAUUUCCUUGCAGGAUGGACUGGACCCGACUGCACUGGCAAAGUGGUCCUCGUUGUGUCCAACGUUGGAGAAUGCGUCGAUUUAGGUGGCACCGAUGUUCAGAGCUGGUCUAAUGACAUGAAGCCGUUUGGGAAGUAG